AUGUCGCAUACGAAGGAGCGUCGGUCGUCUUUCCUCACGCGGUCAACGUGCUGCUCGGGCGUGAGUGGCGGCGGCAGUAGCGAGAUCACACUGCUCGACUCGGAGACGUUGAGCGUCACGCGACUCAGCAGUGUGUACGGCGGCGUGGGGGACCGCGCCAACGGGCAGCGACUGACGAUCCUCGAAGAAGCGUUCGAGACGACGGACGAGGAGCCGUCGCAGCACCAAGUGCAGCAGAAGCUCUUUGAGCUCCACCAAGUGCAAGUGCUCAAGCAAGUGCCACUGCCCAACUGGAUGAAGAUUUUCGUGCCGCGGUUCGUGCGUCUGCAAACGGGCGCGCUGCCGUACAUGGAGUACGCGCGCUCGGAGAAGGGUGAAGUGCGGCAACGCCAGAUGCUGGAGGCGUGGACGCGCGUGGAUCGUCUGCCUAGGAACAAGCUGUCCAUUGACUUUCGCAAGACAGGAGAUGGAGAGAGCGUUGCGUCUUGGCCGAGUUCCGUGGCUUCUACGAGCACCAACGAUAAGGUGUCUCUGGACAAGUGGAUUCUGAAAUUCGAGACGAAAGAGGAGCGGGACGAGUGGGCCAAGUUGGUGCAAGACUCGAUCGAGCUGCUCGACUGGAUUUCCAAGUUUACGCUUGGUGGUAUCAUUAUGGAGACGGACAACUCGUCGGUGGUCGAGUGCUCCGUGUGGACAGACCGCGGCCGUCCGUCGUACGUGAUGAAAUUGAUGAGGGCGUCGUCGACGAAACUGAGCCACUUGGCUCGCAGUGAGAUUGAAAUCCAUCGACUGCUGACCAACGGCUCGGUCCACCCGAACAUUGUCGCGCUGCACGACUCGUUCUGGCAGAAGGAAAAGGCUUAUCUUGUCUUGGAAAACUGCGUUGGUGGCGACCUCUUUGACUUUAUCAAUCAGAACGGUGGCAUGGAUGAGCGGGACGCCAAGGUGCUGUUUCGCCACAUAGCGAGUGCCAUCGACCACUGCCACGACCAGGGCGUCGUGCAUCUUGACAUCAAGCCCGAGAACCUCUUUUUCAAGGCGUCGUCUGCACAGCUGGAAACCAUCAAGCUCGGCGACUUUGGCUCGGCUGUGCUGCUGGAGACGAGCGAGUCGAAGAAGGCUACUAGUUGCACGGUUGGUUACGCUGCGCCAGAGGUGCUUCAGCACGGGGAGAUAUCUACUGCUGCUGACGUGUUCAGUGCGGGCGCAGUGCUGUACACGCUACUUUGUGGCUACUCUCCGUUCAGCGCCCCGUCGGAAGACGAAAUGUUGCAGCGAACGUUUUCAGGCGAGAUUGUGUUCGACGAGCUUGAGUGCUGGCGGAUCAGCAAGGAAGUCAAGGGGCUGGUGAAGCAGAUGAUGCAUCAGGACGCCACGCAGCGCCCGAGCAUGGAGGAAGUGCUGGCGCACGCGUGGUUUUAA